CUUUCAUCUGCUUCGAACCACUCCGCCACUACGCAGUUCGCAGUUCCACUUUCCCACCGCCCUGACCGACAGCAGCAAGUGCAGAUGGAUCCCACCGUCCCCAACCCCGGCGACCACGCCGCCUCCACCCCCACCAACACCACCGUGACCCUCCCGCCGCUCACCCUCCGCGACGCGCCGCGGCUCCCCGCCUCGCCCUCCGGCGCCACCGCGGUCCCCAACCCGAUCUCCAGCCACCCCUACUUCCACCCGCCCCCCACCUUCUACAUCUCCCCGGGGGACGUCUCCCUCCGCCACGCCUUCUUCGACCUCUCCUCCGGGAGCCCGAACCCGCUGGUCGCGUACCGCCGCGCGGGCCCGCGCGAGAGCCUCGCCGUCAACCCGGCCCGCGCCCGCGCCGCCCUCGUCACCUGCGGGGGGCUCUGCCCGGGCCUCAACACCGUGCUGAGGGAGCUCGUCGUGGGGCUCCAUGAGCUCUACGGCGUCCUCGACGUCUUCGGCGUCGCCGCGGGGUACCGCGGGUUCUACGGCGCUGACGACGACCACGUGCGGCUGGACCCGGCCUCCGUGGACGACUGGCACAAGAAGGGCGGCACCGCGCUCAAGACGACACGUGGUGGCUUUGAUCUUAACAAGAUCGUCGAUGGCAUCGUCGCGCGCGGGUAUACGCAGGUCUAUGCGAUUGGCGGGGAUGGAACCAUGAGAGGAGCAGUGGCGAUAUUCGAAGAGUUUAAACGGCGUGGUUUGAGGAUCUCCAUUACAGGGAUCCCCAAAACCGUGGACAACGACAUCGGUAUCAUAGACAGGUCGUUUGGGUUUCAAACUGCAGUGGAGAUUGCUCAGCAGGCGAUCGACGCGGCACAUGUGGAGGCUGUGAGCGCUGUGAAUGGCAUCGGUCUUGUCAAACUCAUGGGCAGGAGUACGGGUCACAUUGCUCUUCAUGCCACCCUGAGCAGCCGAGAUGUUGACUGCUGUUUGAUUCCUGAGAUUGAUUUCCACGUUGAAGGGAAGGGAGGCCUGUUUGAGUUCCUGUAUGAAAGGAUAAAGAAGAAGGGACAUGCUGUCGUCGUCGUUGCUGAAGGCGCUGGUCAGGAGGUGAUUCCCCGGACUGAUGACCAGAAGCGCGAGCAGGAUGAGUCUGGCAACAUGCUGUUCCUUGAUGUUGGCCCCUGGCUGAAAUCUGAGCUGGGUAGAUGGUGGAAGAGAGAACACCCCACUGAGUUGUUCACUGUGAAGUAUAUCGAUCCUACCUACAUGAUUCGAGCAGUCCCAGCAAAUGCUACUGAUAAUCUAUAUUGUACCCUGUUGGCGCAUUCAGCCAUCCAUGGGAUCAUGGCUGGGUUCACUGGCUUCGUACCUGGCCCGAUAAAUGGGAAUUACAGCUACAUACCACUGGAAGAUAUUGCCGUGGCCAAGAACCCAGUGGAUGUGAAUGAUCACAAAUGGGCAUGGGUUAGAUCAGUCACAGACCAGCCUGAUUUCCUAAAGCCCUAAGAUUAAGGCCCAAGUUCUGCGGUGCCAGGAAGUAGUAAGUUGAUCUACCCCUCUCUGGAUGACAGUCAAAAUUAUUUUCUUUUAAUCUAGGUUUCCGUUCUUCAAUAAAGCAUCAGUGAGCGUGUUCUCUGGUUUGUGUGUUUGUGUGUAUGUCUGCAAAGUUGUUGUAAUUCUGUUGUAAGUAUGAAUUCUCCUGAAUAUUUUUAGUGGGCAUGAAAUGGUGUUUAGAGGCCCGAGGGCAAAUGGCGAUCUUGCUUCUGACCAAA